GCUACCCGCAUAUCCGCAGUUUACAGCCCUCCGCAAUAACGCAGCAAUUUUCGGAGAUGCAGCCCGACUUCUUACAUUUUUACUCCGCAACAUCUUCAACACUUCGACGUCAGGGUUUAUCAUUUCGACGUCAGCCUGCCUUUGCCGGAAACCUAGUCAAUCAUGUCACUCGUCACCUAUUCUGACUCGGAAGGCUCAGACGACGAGACGCCUCAGACGAAGGCCGUUGCACCGAAACCUCAAGCCGCGGCCACCAAUAGAAAUUUCACGGUCAACAAGGCAAAUCCAAGAAAGAUACAAGUCAAGUUGAACGGUUCUCCUACGAACGGAGAUGACGAUGGAGAACCAGCGCCCAAGAGACCGCGCGUUGGCGCAGGCGCCUUCAGUGGCUUCAACAGUAUGUUGCCUGCGCCAAAACGGGACGCAGACGCGAAGUCAUCAGCGAAGCCCGCAGCCAGAAAAGUCUUUAGUCUAAAGACGGGCGCAGAACCAGGGUUCAGUCGUGAGGGAGAUGCCGAACUGCGGCAUUUAUUCGCAGAGCAAGACGCUGGAUCAGGCCGACAGGAUGGAAAUAAAGAGGAUGAUACUAUACCUGCAGUGCCCAAGAAGACGGAUGUCACUGGAAGCAGUACGGCAGAAGUCCCCUUGAAGGGCAACCCAUUCAUGUUCAAACCUCUGUCUGUGGCACGCAACAACAAGAAACCGAAGCGCAAAACGGAUCCAUCCAAGGCCAUCGCCUCAAAGCCUUCAGAUGUUCCAGUACUGGCUUCGUCAACUACAAUAAAGACAGACACAACGGACCAGCCCGAGCCUGCGCCUGCGCCAAAGAAAGUCAGUCUUUUCGGGCUGAGCAGUGAUCCAGAGCCGCACAUUCCACUUCCGCUUGAAGACGAGGAAGACGAAAUCGUGGAGGUUCUAGACGACCCAAUUGGCGACGAAGACUAUUCUGCGGCUUUUGGCAGCCAGGGCCAUGCAGUGUCGACCAGCAAUCAGGCGCAGUCACUCGACACCAUUGCAUCCGACCUGAAUCUGUCCAAGGCAGAAAGAAGGCAGCUAUUCGGUCGUAACGGACGACCUGGAGGCACGGCGAUGAACGUAGUCAACUUCAACACAGACGAAGAAUAUGCGGCGAAUGAAGCACUGCGCGCAACUGGAGAACAAAUACAGCACAAUCCCGUCCGGUCCAUUGCCCCUGGCAAGCACAGCUUGAAGCAGCUCGUCAGUGCAGCGACAGGCCAGAAAGAUGCCCUGGAAGAGAGCUUCGCUACAGGAAAGAGGAACAAAAAGGAGGCUGGAAGCAAGUAUGGGUGGUAAUGAUAAUACUUUUCGAUGAAUAUUCUUCCUAGCCCAGAGCCUGCUCUGUCAUCCUUGACAGAACCCAAUUGACAGUAUUUUUGGCCCAGAGCCUGCUGUCCUCGAAGACAAAAUCAUAUCACUUUUCCGAGCAAUCAAACAGUCCAGAAC